UGCGCACGCCCGGGGCCCCGCUCGGCACAUGCUCACUGGGGCGGCGGCCGGAGCAUGAGCAGAAGCGGAGCGAGUGGCAUCGGACAUCUUGGGCGGCCUCGCCGCAGCCCCCCCGCCCGCGCCCUGCGCUGGAUCCCGCUCGGGACGACAUGGCGACGCCGGCGGCCGUCAACCCCCCCGAUGCGUGUUUUGCAGGGAGGAGCGCUCUUUGGAGUCCUGUCCUGUCUACAAUCAAACACCAGUCCGCAAAAUUUUGGAAAUGGCUUCAGAUAUUCCUGGAUCGGUGACGUUGCCAGUCGCCCCUAUGGCAGCAGGACAGGUGAGAAUGGCAGGAUCCAUGCCUUCCAGAGGAGGAAAGAGACGUUCUGGAAUGGACUUUGAUGACGAAGAUGGUGAAGGUCCCAGCAAAUUUUCAAGGUAUGAUGAUGAUCAAAUCUCUGGUGAUAAGGAAAAAUUUGCAAGGGAGAACCAUAGUGAAAUUGAAAGACGCCGGAGAAAUAAGAUGACACAAUACAUCACUGAGCUGUCUGACAUGGUACCCACCUGCAGUGCGCUGGCCCGUAAACCUGACAAGCUGACAAUUCUCCGAAUGGCUGUUUCUCACAUGAAGUCUAUGAGGGGCACUGGAAAUAAGUCUACUGAUGGAGCAUAUAAACCUUCUUUCCUAACAGAGCAGGAGCUGAAACAUCUUAUCCUGGAGGCUGCAGAUGGGUUCCUGUUUGUGGUUGCAGCUGAGACGGGAAGAGUGAUUUACGUAUCGGAUUCAGUUACUCCCGUGCUGAACCAGCCCCAGUCAGAAUGGUUUGGCAGCACUCUGUAUGAGCAGGUUCAUCCAGAUGACGUGGAAAAACUGCGAGAACAACUGUGUACAUCCGAAAACUCUAUGACAGGACGAAUUUUGGACUUGAAAACUGGAACAGUAAAGAAGGAGGGUCAGCAGUCUUCAAUGAGAAUGUGCAUGGGGUCGAGGCGUUCUUUCAUUUGCAGGAUGAGGUGUGGAAAUGCUCCUUUGGAUCACUUACCUCUGAACAGAAUAACCACCAUGAGGAAAAGAUACAGGAAUGGGCUAGGCCCAGUAAAAGAGGGAGAAGCACAGUAUGCUGUCGUCCAUUGCACUGGAUACAUCAAGGCCUGGCCACCAGCAGGAAUGACUAUCCCUGAAGAAGAUGCAGAUGUGGGGCAAGGUAGUAAAUACUGCCUUGUGGCAAUAGGGCGGCUUCAGGUAACUAGCUCUCCAGUGUGCAUGGAUAUGAAUGGAAUGUCCGUCCCUACGGAGUUUUUGUCCAGACACAACUCUGAUGGAAUAAUCACGUUUGUUGAUCCAAGAUGCAUUAGUGUGAUUGGCUACCAGCCGCAGGAUCUUCUGGGGAAAGACAUACUAGAAUUCUGCCAUCCGGAAGAUCAAAGCCAUUUGAGAGAGAGUUUCCAGCAGGUGGUGAAACUGAAAGGCCAAGUCCUAUCUGUGAUGUAUCGUUUUCGUACCAAAAAUCGGGAAUGGAUGUUGAUCAGGACCAGCAGCUUCACUUUUCAGAAUCCUUAUUCUGAUGAGAUUGAAUACAUAAUUUGCACCAACACUAAUGUUAAACAACUUCAGCAACAGCAAGCAGAGCUUGAAGUGCAUCAGAGGGAUGGGUUGUCAUCUUAUGACUUAUCUCAGGUGCCUGUUCCAAGCAUACCAGCUAAUGUUCAUGAGGGUGGAAAGUCAGUGGAGAAGCCAGAUGCAAUCUUCUCCCAGGAGAGGGAUCCUAGGUUUGCUGAGAUGUUUGCAGGAAUAACUACUUCGGAUAAAAAAAUGAUGGCCUCAGCAUCCACUGCAGGAAACCAGCAGCUCUACUCCCAAGGAAGCCCAUUUCAGCCGGGACAUUCAGGAAAGGCUUUCAGCUCAUCUGUGGUACAUGUCCCUGGUGUGAAUGAUAUCCAAUCAUCUUCUUCAACAGGCCAAAAUCUGACCCAGAUAUCUCGCCAGUUAAAUCAGAGCCAAGUUGCCUGGACUGGGAGUCGCCCACCAUUUCCAGGACAGCAAAUUCCAUCACAGUCUGGCAAGGCUCAAUCAUCACCCUUUGGGAUUGGAACCAGCCAUACCUAUCCAGCUGAUCCGUCCUCAUACAGUCCACUUUCGAGCCCAGCCACCUCUUCCCCAAGUGGCAAUGCCUACUCCAGUCUAGCAAACAGAAGUGCAGGGUUUGCUGAAAGUGGUCAAAGCAGUGGACAGUUCCAAGGGAGACCUUCAGAAGUCUGGUCCCAAUGGCAAAGCCAGCAUCAUAAUCAGCAAAGCAGUGACCAACACUCUCACCAGCAGCCCAGCCAGACUGAAGUGUUCCAGGAUAUGCUGCCUAUGCCGGGGGAUCCUACCCAGGGUACUGGCAAUUACAACAUUGAAGAUUUUGCUGAUUUGGGCAUGUUUCCACCCUUUUCUGAGUAAUUCACGAAACAGGAAGAAAAGCCCUCUGACAUGCAGUUCUGCAAGACCAUUUCAGUGUAUUGUUGGCUCUGCUUUUUCUGUGUUGCAUUACUUGUAGAAGCUACUAAACAAGAAGUCACAUCUCUCAUGUUUCAGAUAGAGAUGUAGGAGCUUGCUUUCUCCUCCUUUCAGGGCAUGACUGCUGCCAAAGGAGAGACAGGACUAGUUGGUGCCCAUUGACAGAUCCAUAUUUUUAUUUUCUUGCCAUCUACCUCAGAGAUGAAAAACUUUGCUUGAUUGUGAAAAAUCUCUGAGUCUUAAAUAUUUGAAUGUGAAUGAUCGCUAGUAUUCCCUUUUGAAUGGUAAUUUUUAACUAGAUAAUGAAGUAACAAAGACUAACAAAGUGAAGGUAAGGUAACGUCGUGUUACAGUGCCAAUUUUUCCAUUUCAAUGCCUUGCUUUCAACUUAAGUUUCUGGAAACAGACUUCAUAUUCUCAUUUUGAUUCCUGUAGUUUUUAAGGCCAGCUUGAAUGUGCGAUUAUACAGCACAAUAUAAUCUUCUCUGACCAGAAGAUUCAGCGCCUUUUUUAUUUUUUACUUAACCCAGUUAAACUUGAAUGUGUGUACAUUUUAGUACUGUAUAUAUAUCUUGUGCUGUAUUAAGUGAUUUCCUGUACUGGUUUCUUUUGACCUAUGAAAUGGUUGAUUCUGGAGUGUUCUAAAAAGGGUAACACUACAUGGGGGAUUCAAACAUCGUUGCAUUCUCAAUCACUUUACCUGUUAACUCAGGUAAUUCUGAUGUAGCCCAUACAUUUACUUACACAAACUCUUACUCCUGUUUUUGCACUGCUAAAUGAGGCCUAUUUUUCUAUAAUUUUCUCAUGAGCUGCUCUCUUUUUUUUUUGUUGCCUUUAGCUCUUACAUUCCCUGAGAGAAUUGUUUGUAAAAAUUACUAUAAAACAUAUCAAGAAUAUGAUUUCCGCACAAGCUACAUUUCCUUUCUGUGAACUUUUUUUUCAUACUGUGAAAUGUCACAUUUUUACAGUCACAAAUGAUGACCUGUUACAACAAAAUCCUUCAAGCUCAUUUCCAAGAGCAAUAAGCCACUUUGUUCUGUUGUCGCACAGUGCUGUUAAAUCUAAUUUGUAGCAGGUAUCAAUCAGGUUGGUACCUGCAGUGAAGUUAACUUCAUUUUUUGCUUGCAUUCUGACUUGCUCAGCAUCUCCCUGUUUUGGCAGGUUUUCAAUUUUGCUGACCAUUUAAAAGAAUUGACCUCAGUGAUGCAUGUUUCUCUAUGAUAUUACAGUCUGUGACUUCAGUUUUGCUGGCUGAUGUCCCUGUCCAUCUAAAAUUUGCUGGACAUUCCUUGUGUGUGUGUGCACAUGUACACUUCUUGAUUACAGGGACCUUAGAAAAAUGAUGAUUUAAGACCAAGCAAUCCUUAUUUGGGAGAAAAAUCAUCCAGGGACAACAAAAUAGUUCAGCAUUCACAGUCAUGAAGUUUUUGUGACAACCUUUGAGGUGUGAGAGGUUGUAGGCAGUCCUCUUGGAAAGGAAGAGGUGCCAGCUGCCUGAACUGGUGAAAGUAUUAGGAUUCACACUGGGUCUCUAGACCCAGGAGGCCAGAAUGAAAUACCUAACAACAAUGCCUUUCCACAGUGAUUUCCCCACACAUGCACUACCAAUUGCCUGGCCCCUUGAGGCUGACUCUCAGUCUAGAGGUACCUUACAGCAGUCCUUACUAGGUCAGAAAUAUCUCAUGAAGGAAAUCCCUGAAGUCUCCUAGAUAGACAGUGCCAUGAAGAGCAGCGCUGUCUAUAAUCCGUGGCCCAAUCUGACCACGUAGGUUUUGUACGGAGACCUAUGCUCUUCAGUUUGAUCAAAACCAACUUCUACAGACUUUCUGCAGCUGGCUCCCCCCCCCAUUUCACUGCACUUAGUGUAGCAGAUAAUACAGUAUCCAGUGAGAGUAUUUCCUGCCAUUUUUCUCUUCAUUUAAUUCUCUGGGAUCAAUCCUGAGCCCUGCAUGCUAAUGGGGGGACUUCUUCAUUUAAAAAAAAAGACUCUAGUUCAAACCUAAAUCAAGUAUUACAGAGGCCUCAGAUCUCUGGUCUAGACUUGCCUGACCAAAGUUGUAAUUAUUUAAAAAUGGGUACGUCUUCUCUAGUUCCAAGUCAGGAGGGGAAGUUCUCACCUAGCUGAAUAAACCAUGCACUUAAAGUAUAUUUAUUUUAAUACCUGGAUAUGUAUUCCCUUGAAGCCUUCCCACUCCAUCUGCACUGCUUAAAUAAAGAAGUGUUACUGAAUCAGCCUAAAGCUGCUCCACUCUGUAGUGAGCUGAUCAGUGGGAUUCACUGACCUCAGUAAAAGAUGCUUGCGCUGUACAGGUGGUUGCUCAGGUGAGGUGAGAUAUUUGCAUCUGGACAGUAGAGAGUGACAGGAAAAGGAGGAAUAGAGAAUCCCUGGUGUGCAACAGAUGUCAUCAUGGGGGAAGAGAGGGUGGACUUUCAAUUUCUAUCUCUGUACAUAAUGCACUUGACAUGAUGAUAAACUCUGUACUUUUAAUGUUUGAAAGUUAUGUUUCUCCGUAAAGUGAGAAAUGAAUGGAAAAACUGUUUCUAUGCUGUAAUCUUCCUGACACAUUGUUCUAAGUAUAUAUAUGUAUAAAUUUACAUAUGUUCCUGAAUUCAAUUUAAAAGUUUCUAUUUAUGAAAAUUGCUUUUCUUUUCCCAGUCCCAGGCCAGUUCAGUUUCUCUAUGUAUCAUUGUCCUUUUAUAGUACACCCAUGUAGAAGGGGGCUUAUCGUAUUCUAUAUUUGAUAGUGCCAGUAAAAAAAUGUUUGACUAAAAAAAGUUCAAGCAUGUCAGGUGUUUUGCAAGCAGAGUAUUGCCCAUUUGAAGCCAGUAUACCUAGCCCUACUUGGACUGCUUCUUGUCCAGUAUCCCUUCUGGGCACAAAAGGUAAUUGCUAUAGUGUUAAAGGCCAGUCUUGGAAUAGUGUUAGGCUUUCUCCCAUUUCUUCACUUUGAGGCAUUAUAAUUCCCUUUUUAUCUUCUGAUAUACUGAGCCAGUGCUUUCUCCACUCUCCUUGCCUGCCUGCCAAAUGAUCCCUCUACCUACAGGAUAUUUAUAGCACUUUCCCUCUGAUGGGAGGGCAGGUGUGGAGAGUGUUUUUUCUGAGGGUGCAAUGAAGCCAGCAAGAGGGGAGCACUUACAGAGCAUUAUGACUGGCAGCCUUAUUGAGACCAAGCAAAUAGGCAACAUUCACAGUUGCAUCUGCGUUUACUGCCUUACAGUAGCAAGUGCUGCCUUCAUAGUGCUGAGUAGCUCCUGUGGAAUAUUGUCGCCUCAGUUCCAUUCUUGCCGUAGCUAGAGUUGUUUAGCGUUUAGCUGAGCUAUACUUUUUUGUUGCAUAUUUUGAUGAUAGUAAAGCAACAUGCAUAUGUAAUUACUGAAGUGAUGGCAUUUUUAUUUUGCAGUUAGUGCAACUGCUGCAGCACUUCUGCUGUCAGUGAGUUAGAGUUUGCAGAUUUCUUGUGCAGAUAGUUUUAUUCUCUGCAUGUAAAGUUGUGACUUCUGAUCAGAUUGUACUGCAAACUCUAUUUCAUAAAAGAGUGAGAAAUAUUUAGAACUGAAGCAUUCUGCUUUUUACAGAUUGAAGGAGUAGCUACACACAAUACUUCAACAACCUGUUAUUUCAGUUAGUUGGUAUAGACUGAGACCAUUUUAGGAUACUGAAGUCUUUACUUAUUCAUACAAUUAAUCAAGUUUAUUGACUGCAUAUUUAACUGGAGUAACUCCAUGGCAUUCAUUGUUAAUGGCACUCCUGAUGGUGCCUCCUAACCAGAAGUGUCCAUAAGUAGUUUUGUUGCCUUCUUUUUCUUGGAGUACAUUACAAAACUGUAAAUACUUUUUGCAGUACUGCCUUUUUAACUCCUAAUUACUUUGGGCGCAGUGUUAUAUAGUGUUGGAAUUACCCAAUUGCUAUGACAUAUAUUUUUAUACAUAGGUGUACUCUUUUUUUGAGAGUAGUACAGCCAUUUAAUCAUUAAUGCCUUAUAUCAGUGUCAUACCGCUGUUGCUCUUUGUUUGGUUUGUCUGUGGGAUAUCCAGUGGACUAAUUUUUAGGUCAAAUAUUUUCACUUUCAUAACAGUGCUCAAGUUGGAUUAAUAGGAGCAUGUGCCAGAGCCCCCUUUUUCAAUGUUGUGAUUGUAGGGUAAGAAAGAAGAUCCAUUCAAAAAAUGAAAGGAGAAAGCAAAAUGGGGGCAGUAUCAUCACAUUUAUUCCUGCACUGUUCCUGCUCCAGAAUGAGCAUGUUUUCAUGGGUUUACAACUGCAUGGAUGUGGAUCAGUUUGCUUAGAGUAACAACCUGUUUUUAAAAAUGCCAAAAAUGGGCUUCAGUCAUCAAGUUACCACUUGGUUACUUAUCUGUUUAAACUCUUCAUAAUGAUGUGAAACUGUGCUGUGGAUAAAGUGUAUUUUGUACUUCUGAAUGUUCUAUAUUUAUGACUAACAAUUACAGGAUCAGUUGUGUGUAUGUAUAACUAAUAAUUGCCUUUUUAAAUUUCAUUAAAAUAAAACUGUCAUGA